AUGCUGUAACUCACGUCCAGUGUAUAAGAGCCGAUGGGACAUGCAUUCCCGCAUCAGCACCGUAAGAUUUCUUUCCCCUGUCCAUGGAGUGAUACUAAUCAUCCACUAGUAACAUAUCGACGAGCUGGAUCGACAUGCACGAAGGAAUAGUCGAGGUCCUCGAAGCCCAAACCAAAGCAAUGCGAGACAACCCCAACGGAAACUACUACCCCGAAGUUCAAAGUAUGCCGUACACGGCACCUAACAUGGAAAUCGACAUCGAUGUCACCUCAGCCCAUGCACGCACCGUCGUCUGGUUUGCCGUCGCCAUGCUUCACGAGCUCGCUCACGCCUUCAGCUUCGCCUACUUCGCCUUCAACUGGGGACAGCCCGGCGAGCCAUGGCUCAGAGGCGGUCGCUGUAACGAGCAAGGCCAUAUCUUCGAGCACUACCUCUUCGACGGCGUCCUCCAAGGCUACCAAGUCCACUACCCACCCAUCUCUGACACCUUUGCCCGCGAGCAAUGGAUCGCGUCUCCUUUGGGCAUGUACAUUGACGAGCGCUGGGAACAAUGGGCACUAGACGACCACAGCCCCUUUGAAGUACGCGAUGAUGUCGAAACAAACCUUUGAGGGGACCCAGAAGAUCUUAUCCAGUUGCUCAAGAGUGGUUUCAACGCUUGCUUGCUGAUGAACUUUGGCAUGA